UGAGGAGGAAAACGAAGACGGAGAAGAGUCAAAGCCAAAGCUAAAACCAGGCUUCGUGCCUGGCUUGGCAGCUCCCAAGAUCCCAGAUGGAGAAAAAGUGGACUUUGAUGACAUCCACCGUAAGCGUAUGGAGAAGGACUUCACUGAGCUCCAGAGCUUGAUAGAAGCUCACUUCGAGAACCGCAAGAAGGAGGAAGAGGAGCUCCUUAAUCUCACAGAUCGUAUUGAGAAACGCCGGUCGGAGAGAGCUGAGCAGAUGAAAAUCAGGGCGGAGCGGGAAAAAGAACGACAAGCCAAAUUAGCUGAAGAGAAAGCAAGGAAAGAAGAGGAAGAGGCCAAGAAGAAGGCGGACGACGACGCCAAAAAGAAGAAGAUCCUCAGCAGCUUAAAUUUCUCUGGAUACAAGACGCAGAACAAGGGUGGGACGAAGAAACAGACGGAGCGAGAAAAGAAAAGGAAGAUUUUAAGUGAUCGGCGUAAGGAGUUGAACAUUGAUCACCUGAGAGAGGACAAACUCAGGGAAAAGGCAAAUGAAAUGUGGCAGUGGAUGCAACAACUAGAGGCAGAGAAAUUUGAACUGCAGUAUAAACACAUGAGGCAGAGGUAUGAGGUCACUGUGCUGAGAAACCGAGUCAGUGAUCACCAGAAAAGUUCUAAGGGCAGUAGGAGCAAGCGCGGCCUGAGGAAGUAGCCUCGCACAGCGACCUGAAGACCGUGACUUCACAUCUUCCCCGAGUGGCGGAAAUCCUUGCGUACAUACCAACGAGCCACUUUGUUCCCAGAUAAAAUACUUGAGCCUCAGACUGCCGUGGCUAAAAAGAAAAUAAAAGAACAAAUUUUGAAGAUUCAUGGGGUUGUCUUGAAAAAGGUGUCCAGCGAUGUGCAUGUGGAUUUUACUCUAGAGAUGUAGCGGUGCGGUUAGGGUUUUCUGAUAACAGCAUGCAACAGUGUGUAACCGUUUUUGAAGUGUGCGUGUCUUGAUUGUAAACUCGUGGUGUGUACUUCAUUAUGAUGGCUUUGCUGUUUGGAAGGAGAAAUAAUUUGACAACAAUGUCAACAUGUCUUGACGCAUGCUCAAUGCAGGUAAGACAGUCAAAGAAGGUGGAAUCGGUUCAACUGGAUACCAUGUUUACUGACAGAUGCGUUUCUCUGAACAAUGUCAGCCAGUAACAUUUUGAUGCAACACACCA